AUGCCAAUUCUCAGCGAGCAACAAGGAGUUUUGCUAAAUGAUGGAAUUACUCAAAGUUACAUCGCAGCCAAAAACCUUCCAAGCAGUGUAAAUGUGUCUGAAUUGACCAGAUUGUUUGACGCACCAGGGCUAGUUGCAAAUAUCAGGAUUCUUAAGAACCUAUACAAUCGACCAGAUGGACAGGAGUGCAAAGCGGCUGUCAUUGCAUAUUAUUCAGAGGAGACGGCAAUGAAGGCAUUACAGGAGCUAGAUGGGAACAUGGCUCUUGAUCUUUCAAAUCCAUUGGAACUGGAAUAUUUUGGUCCAGCUGACAAUAUAUCAACCGUGGAAAAGGAACUAGAAAAGAAGCUCCAAGCUCGAGAUGGGUUCAAUAGCAACCAUCAUUUCAUGGAUGAACGAGAGAUAGCGGCCAGUCUUGCAAUGCUCGCAGCUCAGAUCGGGGUAGCAGAAGAAAUACAAUGA